CGCCGCCGCGCCGCCGCCGCGCCGCGGACAUGUCCUUCCCGCAGCUGGGCUACCCGCAGUACCUGAGCGCCGCGGGGCCCGGCGCCUACGGCGGCGAGCGCCCGGGGGUCCUGGCCGCGGCUGCGGCCGCCGCCGCCGCCGCCUCGUCGGGCCGGCCGGGGGCGGCGGAGCUGGGCGCGGGGGCGGGGGCGGCCGCCGUCACCUCGGUGCUGGGCAUGUACGCGGCGGCCGGCCCGUACGCGGGCGCGCCCAGCUACAGCGCGUUCCUGCCCUACGCCGCCGACCUCAGCCUCUUCUCGCAGAUGGGCUCACAAUAUGAACUCAAAGACAACCCCGGGGUGCACCCUGCCACCUUCGCAGCCCACACGGCGCCAGCCUACUACCCCUAUGGCCAGUUCCAGUACGGGGAUCCCGGGCGGCCCAAGAACGCCACGCGCGAGAGCACCAGCACGCUCAAGGCCUGGCUCAACGAGCACCGCAAGAACCCCUACCCCACCAAGGGCGAGAAGAUCAUGCUGGCCAUCAUCACCAAGAUGACCCUCACGCAGGUCUCCACCUGGUUCGCCAACGCGCGCCGGCGCCUCAAGAAGGAGAACAAGGUGACGUGGGGCGCGCGCAGCAAGGACCAGGAGGACGGAGCCCUCUUCGGAAGCGAUACGGAGGGCGACCCAGAGAAGGCUGAGGACGAUGAGGAGAUCGACCUGGAGAGCAUUGACAUCGACAAAAUCGACGAACACGACGGCGACCAGAGCAAUGAGGACGAGGAGGACAAGGCCGAGGCGCCGCGCGCGCCCGCGGCACCUACAGCCCUUGCUCGGGACCAGGGCUCGCCGCUAGCAGCCGCCGACGCGCUCAAGUCCCAGGACUCGCCCCUGGGCCUGGUCAAGGAGGUCCCGGAGCCUGGCAGCACGCGCCUGCUGGGUCCCGGCGCCACGUCGGGUGGCCUGCAGGGCGCGCCGCACAGCAAGCCCAAGAUCUGGUCCUUGGCCGAAACGGCCACAAGCCCCGACGGCGCGCCCAAGGCCUCGCCGCCGCCUCCCGCCGGCCAUCCCGGCGCGCAUGGGCCCCCCGCGGGCACGCCGCUGCAACACCCCGCCUUCCUGCCCAGCCACGGACUGUACACCUGCCACAUCGGCAAAUUCUCCAACUGGACCAACGGAGCGUUCCUCGCGCAGGGCUCCCUGCUCAACAUGCGCUCCUUCCUGGGCGUCGGCGCGCCCCACGCCGCGCCCCACGGCUCGCACCUGCCUGCGCCGCCGCCGCCGCAGCCGCCGGUCGCCGUGGCUACAGGGGUGCUCCAUGGUGACAAGGCCUCUGCUCGCAGCAGCCCCGCGCUCCCAGAGAGAGACCUCGUCCCCAGGCCGGACUCGCCGGCACAGCAGUUAAAAUCGCCCUUCCAGCCCGUGCGCGACAAAGGCCCACCGCCCACAGAAGUGGCAGAGGAGGCCCCUGGAGCGGCCUAAAACUCUGGAAGUAUCUUGAAUGGGGAGUCCGAGGAGUGAGGUGGCCCAGAACCCCGAAGGGGAGCACAGACGGAGCUGCGCGCCUGGAUGUGUCUGUCCAACGCAGGGCCUCCCAGCCCUCGGCCGGGGCGCCCAGGCUGGGGGCCCGAAUCACGCGGAUCAGCGAGAGCGCAGCGGCCCCGGGGGCGCGGGCAGGGGGCGCGGGCAGGGGGCGCGGGCGGAGGCCGAGCAGUGGCCCGAGCCCCGGGGCGGGGCGCAAGGGACAGCCCUUUCGGUGCUCUGUUUGGCUUUUGAAGACGCCGCGUGAGUCCCUGAGCCCCUAAUCCAUUUAUCCGGCGACCUGAGCCCAAGGCUUGGAUGCGGGGGCACAAUGGCCGGACUGCACCGCGGGGUCUGGUGGGGGGAGCCGGCGCACGCAGCCCGCCUCUGGUCGCCCACCCCAUUGUCCCGCCGUCCCCGGGGUCCCCAGCGGCCCGGAGUCCCUGCCUGGCGGCGGAUAAGGCCACGGCAGUUUAAGGCUUAACCGAAGAGCUUUCACUCCUAAUUCCGUCCAGCUGAACCUGCCUUCCGAGCAGGGCGAGGCUCCCUGGAGCGGGGGCCCCGCGCGCUGGUGCGCCCUGGCGCUGCGGGCAGGGGUCCCAGGGGCGGCGCGCCGGCUCAGCCCGCGCUCCCCUCCGCCACUGGCAGGCUCGGCGCCCGCCUUUCCGCCCUGUCUUUCCUGUUUGCUUGUUUGUCGCUGCUGUAGCUUCGGUUGUUGUUUGAAUUUUAAACGGAUGCUUAAUUGCCGCGUCCUCGGAUAGCUGCAGCAGUGCCUGGAAAUAUUAAAUACAUCUGCGAGACGGUGGGCAAGAGAAAUUAAAAAGGUGCUCCCGCACUGAAUGUUAAAAAGAUCUCACAAUGAAGUGAUUAACAUUUUUAUGAAUAAAAUUAAUCACGCAUUGACUCUGCAGCCCAGUACAUCUGAAAGCCAAAUGUGGCCCCGGGCAGCCCUCUUCCUUACACCCAAGAACUUUGGGGACCUCCUUGGCCCCGGGCAAACAUUCAGCCUCUAGGAAUUUGAGAUGAUUUUUGAGGAGAUGAGUCAAUAACGGAUAAUUUUGAGACAAGGAAAAUAAAACCUCCCCAAAUACCACCAUCAAAAGCGCAUGCAGGGAAAAAUUAAAAGGCAAUCUCCCCCCCCCCAACCCCCCCAUAGCAAACUCUCGGUCAAAACGGGCUAUACUUUUCCUUCUCAGAUAUGCACAUGGGCUUGUGUGGACCUGGGUCCUGGAGGGCAGUGGUCGGUGAUGGAGGAGGUAGAGGGAGGCUGGUCCCCUGGCUGGAGGAAGGAUGCUUUCCCCUUCCUCGCCCUUGUCCUGGGCCCACUCUUGUGGCAAAGGCCGUCUGAUUGGAGCUCGGACCUUCUUCCCCGUGAUUAAAAUUUCCAGUCUUGUAGAUAAUACCGUGCGAUUUCUCUGCCGGCCUCCUCUCCCUCCUUUCUAAUCUUUUGCCACUGUGGUUUUGGGAUGAUUCCAGCAGGCUGUACAAAGGGAAGCGAAGGCAUCUGAAGAGUCACUGCAGCUGCAGCGAAGAACAGCAUUGCCAUUUUGUCGAUGUCCCCAGCUCAUGUGUGCAGCAGAAGGUGGGAUCAAAGCAGCCCGUCCUCCUCACUUCUGCACAUUAUUUCCUACCGCUGUGGCGAAUCUCUCUGAGCUCCGUGAACCAAUAAAACAACGGUCCCUGUUUGAGUUGAUAUAUUAAUAUUUACCGAGGAUUUGCAAGGUCGGGGCUAAAUGUCAGCAGAUUGCUGGGGCAGUCCUGUGGGGAAUAAUUAAACAAAUCUCACAGCGGUUCAGGCUCAUAACAUCUUUAUUAAUCUUUUCUUUCCCCUACCCUCCUGAAAGAGUGCACUGAAAUCAUGCCUCUGCAUUCAGAUCCAGAGAAGAUCCGGGGUUCAGAGUAAGUGUAACAAUGGAACACCGUGCGGGUGAGCGUCAGCGUCGCCUUGGACGGCCUCCUGCACCCUGCCCCGCAGAUGUUCGCUAGGAUGGAAGGCUCUGGUGUGUGAAGCACCAGCAGGCGGCUGGGAUUCUCACCUGCCCCUCUAUCAGGUUUAUCCUGACCGCUUUGCCAAACACAGUCCUACAGUUGCUGUUGAAUCUGAUCCACCCCCUGGCUGUGCCGGCCGGUCCCCUCCGCUGAGCCAGGUGCCUGUGGGCCGCGUGUGCCGGGGCCCGCCUUCUUCAGCAUGAGCACAGUCUGCACUCUAGGACAAGUUGUCCAGUUCUCUUUAAUAAGCUUCAUAAUUAGCGUUGGGAGCCUCAUUACAAGUCAUAGCCUGUAGCAGUCCCAGGCCAAACAGCCCUCCGCCAUCAGAUUUAUUUUUUAUCAGGCAGCAGUAGCUGUCUGGAGUUUUUGUUUGUAUAACGGGGACCUGCAUCAGCCCCCAGUGUAAAAAUACCACCAGGAAAUUAAUUGCUUCUGUGUGGAUUCACUGCAGAUGUGUCCUGUUGAUGAGAAUGGUAUAUUUUUGACUUCACUAUCCUGCGGUGAGUUGUAAAAAAAUAAAAUGAAAGCCAGCAAUGCAAACAUAUUAGCAUUAAUAUAGCUUCAGUAUGGCAUAAUUGGAAACAUGGGCUUUCAGAGGAGGAUGUGCAGGGAAAGUUCGGGUUUCUGCUAAGGCUCUUUCCUCUUGUGUACAGUUCUUAUUUAUUUGUUUAUAAAUGCAUGUGUUUACUUAUUGUUCCUAAGUGGAACCACCUUGUGGAGGACAUGUGGCUAGAAUUUCAGCUGGUUUCUGGCUGAGAGAUCUACCACUUAAAAUAGCAUACACCACCCCAGUGAUGUGGCUGAUCCUCCUACCCCGAGCCUGACACCAGGACUCCCGGCCGAGGACGGUUUGAUGCACUCACACCCAUGCAAGGCCAUGAAGAGAAGGGUGGAUCUCGGCUGUUAUGUGGGCUGCACCCCAAAGGGGCCUCCGUGGCCCUGGGUGGGUAGGCAUGGUGUGCACUCGGCGUGUGUGUCAUGUGUCACGUGUAACUAAGCUGGGUGGACAGAUCUACGUCACGUUUUCUCCGCGUUCCUCUCGGGGCUCAGAUAUAAAUAAACGCAGAAGCUACUCUUUUAUCAGACCUCUUGGUCCCUAACUUCCGAUUAGGUUGGGAAUGACUCCUCCAACCUCGAACAUUUUAGGGGUAUUUUUAGACUAAUUAGUCCCUGAUUUAGAAUUUCUGUUCUUUCUUGUGAUUCUGUAUGGAUCACCAUCCCUACGGUUUACGUUUUCCUUCCAUGUCCCUUUGUUUAUUUGCUUUUCCUACAGGAGUUUCCCCAGCUCUGCUCUCCUGAUCCUUCUUUGUGAGGCCGUUCGAGGUCAGCAGUGUGGUUUCCUUGCUCAGCACCGUGUUGGGAUGCAGAUUAUAAAUUUAACCUCAGAUUACCAAGCAGACAACACCUUAUUUGUUGGGGGAAAAAAAAAAAAAAUGCUAAAUGUAAUGAUGAUGAGAGUGAGACACUUCCAAGUGUGCUAGAAAUUACAUCCCUUUUCUGUACAAAGGAGCACAAUGAGGGACCUUUCGGGGCCCCCAGAAGCAUCAAGUACUUUUCCAGCAGCAGUGAGAAUAAUUAGACACUGGAAUCUGUCAAGUUGGAUUUGCAGAGCCCUGUCGAUGGGAGGGUUUUACUGGUUGUGAAGGUCUCCUGGCCAGUAAACCGAGCGCCUGAGCUGACAGGUAGGCAUGGACUCCCAGGAGCUUCACCUCAUUGAGAACUGAGGCUUAGCCCUGGUGGGCACCACCUCCCUGCCUCCAGAUGCAUGGAACAGCCAGGGGGACCGUGGCCAUCCCGUGGGUGAGCUCCGGGACCACAGGCAGUGGGACGGAGAGGGGCUGCCCAGGUUGUGUGAGUGUGUGUGUGAGAGAGAGAGAGAGAAAGGGAGAGGGAGAAGGAGGGAGAAGGGGGGGUGCACAGGAAGAAGGACUGGAAAGAAUGAGGAGGCCCAGAACUCGGAGCCUCCUCCUGAGCAGUCUACCUAUUCUUCCCACUUACCCUUCAGCCCCGUACCUCUGCGAAGGGCGCAGCAGGACCCUUAGGGAUAUGUGUCAAGAAAGCAUAUUCCCGGGGCGCCUGGGUGGCUCAGUCAUUAAGCAUCUGCCUUCAGCUCAGGUUAUGGUCCUAGGGUCCUGGGAUCGAGCCCUGCAUCGGGCUCCCUGCUCCGCGGGAAGCCUGCUUCUCCCUCUCCCACUCCCCCUGCUUGUGUUCCCUCUCUCUGUCUCUGUCAAAUAAAUAAAUAAAAUCUUAAAAAAAAAAAAAAAAGCAUAUUCCCAGCAGCCCCCUCCACACUUCUGUUGUAGCAGGUGUGGGGUGGGGCCCAGUCAUCUGCAUUUUAGAUCCGGGUGAUUCUGCAGUCGAUGGGGAUCCACACUCGGAGAAACACUGGGUGGAUCCCAAGCUGCCCUGAAUUACUUCUUGUUAAGGAAUCAGCCAGUAAGAGGCGCUGGGAUCACCAUUCUUGGUUCAUUAACACUUUAACUUCCUAGACCCAGAAGGCUCUAUGGCAGAACCAAACACAUCCAUCUUUAAUGGCAAGAAUCGGUCGUGCUCGCCAGAGAACGGAGAUCCUCCGGAGCAUCCGUGCAAUGCAGGUGUCCCACAGUUCUCCCGCCACACUGGUCACUGCAGAUUUGGCCGUGGCUGUGCGGGGCUGCGUGAGGACAUUGACCCUGUCCCUGGUCAGCAGGGACAUCUGUCAUCUUGCAGCCCCGAGAAAGGAAAAAUAAACCUGCUCCCUGUGCCCCGCUCAUGGUGGGAGCCUACCUGCACGGCGGCUUCUACCUCUGUGUUCGAGAAUCUUGAGACAGUCCAUUGUGAGGAUCUCCCCUUUGUCUGAGGGUCGCUGACUCUUCGUGCAUAUAGUUAACCUUUUCUUGUGAAUCACAUUUCCCCUUUUUACUAUUCAUGCAGUUGAGAAUUCAAAAAGUAGAUGACAGUUGCCCGAGACCUACCUAAACAGAUGCGUGAAUGAGAGUUCCUGAUUCUGCGAAGAGCAAGCUGAGGAUGCUUGAUGAAAAGCGGUCAUAGCAGGCAUGUGUGGUGGUGGGAGUGAUCAUCUGCCUCCUGAAGUGUCCUCUCAGUGCAGUAGCAGGAGAGCUGAGUGCUGACCACAGCUGGCCUCCACCAGAAGGGCACGGGGAGCAAGGCAUGGGACACCUUCCAGGGAAAAGUGAAGAUCCAGAGGGACCACUGGAUCCCCUGCGCCCACCUUCCUCCUCAUUGUCCCUCCCCUCGGCACCUGUCACCUGCAUUUACAAAUAAAGGUAGAAAGGAAUUUCUUAGCUAAGUUUGAUACCAACUGAAUCUUUAGGGACUGGAGUUCAUUUUCUCUUGGGAGAUAGUUUUUCCCCCAUUCUAAGAAGGAAUUCUGUUUGUUUUGUUUUGUUGUUAUUUUUUUAAAGUCUAAAAAAGACCCCAGACCUUCUUGGACUUCGCAUAUCUGUUAUAAACAAACGACAUUUUGAUAACUUAGGUAUAAAAGUCAGAAGCAUGUGGCCUUGGUAUUCCUUCAUAGGCUUACUUUGAACCCCACAUAUUUCUAGGAAGUGUGAGGGGUUCGAAUGCUGUGCAGUUGGGCACCUUCACUGUGGUUUUAGUAAGAUGAAUUCAGUACACGUGUUUCUGAUGUAUUUACAGUUAUCACAAUCAGAGCUCAUUUGGAAAGCUUUUGGUGUGCAAGAAUCUCUCCAAGGCUUUGCAAGCCAUCUUUUUUUUCUUUUUUUUUAUAAGAUCUUAUUUAUUUAUUUGACACAGAGAGACACAGUGAGAGAGAGAGAACACAAGCAGGGGGAGAGGGAGAAGGAGAAGCAGGCUUCCCGCAGAGCAGGGAGCCCGACGCGGGACUCGAUCCCUGGACGCUGGGCCAUGACCUGAGCCGAAGGCAGACGCCUAAUGGCUGAGCCACCCAGGCGCCCCUUUGCAAGCCAGCCCACCAUCACUUCCUGUGCUGCAGAAGAUACGUCUUGCCAGAGCCACACAACCCCCUACCCCUGACUUUGCACAUUGCCUCAAGUCUUUAACUCUGAGUUUCAGGGCAUAUUGGACUUGUAAGAAUGCCCCUUUCGUGUUAGGAACACGCUAAUCUUGGAAGGAGAGGUAAGGCAAGAUCCAGGCGGGGGGCUGGGGCUUGACCCCACGCUUAGGGCAUGACAGUCGUCCUUUCAGGUAGAGGAAAAUGUUCUCCACAGCUGCCUGGAUUUCAUUUUCAUUUUCCUGAGCCAAAAAGCAGUGCUGGGGCCAUGUGUUCCGGCAGAAGCAAUUCGUGUUAUGGGCCACUGCAAUGAGUCUCACUGUGAGGCAGCCUGGAGGAGGUGACUUCAGAGCGCCUUCUUGUAGGUGCGGGCUGCCCAUGCGCACCGGUAGGGCAGCCCGAGGAGAACGUGGCGGAUUGGAGAUUAGAAGUCACGGAUAGAAACGGUGUCUAUUAUCCUGGACCUGAACUACGAUCCUGCAAUUCCUGACGUGUCCCCAGCAGUCGUGGGGCUCCAGGUGCUGCUGUAACUUACAGGUGGUCGCGGCGUGAACCCGCCCACAAGGCGGGUGAGGCUGGGGUCUUCUGGGCUUAGUUUUAAAGGUAGAGGGACAGGUAAAGGAUCUCCUGGAAGCUUAGGGUUCUAGCUGCCCUCUGCUGCCUGGGUGACCCCGGCCCUGGAAUGGGAGAAGGUUUGGGGUGUUUUCUCCACAGACAGUGACACUGCAUUUAGGGCUGUGGGAGCCCUUCUGUUUUGGAAACCAUCCCAUGGUGUGUGCCCCUGUCGGAUUGGACUCCCCGUUCGACGAUGGCCCUCUGUCACCCUGAGGCCCCCACUACCCCUGGGAACACAUCCGCACUAUCCCAACGCCAAUGUCUUUUUAAAAUCUGGUUGUGAUUUUUCUGUCAUCAGGAGGCAGUGCUAUUUUUUUUUUUUUCUUAGCUAUGUCUUUUUAUGCCCAAAAAGGAUAAGCUAGCAUGUCAUUUCCCACAUUUUGUCCGUGGGAAGAAGUUGCUUGUUUUCCCAUGGACACGGCCACUCGGGUCCCACCUACAACAGGGUAUCCAUAGCCCUGCACACGUGCGGCGAUUCCGUCUUCCUGGCUCUCCAGGCCCCGGGAGCCACAGGCCCGCUUUCCUCCGUGGAGCCCACUUUGCGCCUCUUUGCUUCUUUCUCUCCCGCACCCGGACUUCCCAAGGCUCCGCACGCAGGGGUCACAGGCCCCCCUGGGGGCGGGUGAGGGACGCAGGGGCUGGGACACUCCCUCUGCCCUCCCCCCGGCUCACGGUGGUCAGGGAUGUGAGGGAUCUCUGGGACUUCCCAAACGGUGCCUCCGUUUUAGGUACCGAUAACCCGGUCAGUGUGUGUGUGUGUGU